AUGACCUUUGAACGCUCAAAACGACGUACAGUUAGCCUCAUCUUAGUGUUUAUCACUGGAAUCCUGGGCUUAGUUGUCUUCUUUAACUUUCGCUCGCUCGCAUUGAAUGAUAUGCACUCGUCUGCCAGUAACGUGCACGCAGCCGACGUAUCGCCUGUCAGUGACGUGUAUACGGACGAAGUAAAAACUGUAUUGGAUCAGGAAACAGGCUUGCCAAGCUGUAAUGUACCCUAUGGAGAACUCAUGUCUAUUGUAGAUGAUGAACCCUACACCUCUUGCAUUUUCAAGGAUAAUGAACUAGGCGACUUGAUUUGGGAAGCUGCCGAGUACCCUCUGCCUUCGCAACAUAUCGUCCAAGCUAUUGAAAACAACCUCAUCGAUGAAACGCAGCGAACUCUACUGCUUGCUGUGGUCAACCACGGUAUGCUGGAAUAUACACUCAACUGGAUUGAGUCUCUCAGGAGAACUCAAAUUGAAAAGUACCUUGUUUUUGCCAUUGAUCAAGAACUGGUAGACGCCUUAACGGAGAGAGGAUUAGGUGAACAUGUAGUGCUUAUUCCUGACGAAUGGCGCCAUGUAGAAAUCUCAGGUGAUUUUGCCAAGUGGAAAUCAACUACCUAUGUACCUAUCACGCAUGCCAAGACGCUUAUUGUUGAACGUCUGUUGUAUAUGGGCAUCACCGUAUGGUUUUCCGAUGUCGAUAUUGUAUUUUUGAACCCUACCAUUUAUAACCAUAUUUUGUGGAAUAUGAAGAACCGUAAGGAUGUCCACAUGGUUUUCCAACAAGAGACUCGUCAGACAAGUAUCAACAGCGGUUUCUAUCUCAUGCGCCCCACUCUUGUCACCAAACGAAUACUUGGUCGUACGAUUGACCUCCAAGACCGCCAUGGCAACCUUACGCAGCAACGUGUUAUGAACCUUGUCCUGAGUGACAUGAAUCAAGACUAUAGAAAUUCUCCCAUGCUUCUAUUAGACUUCAUGCAGUUCCCCAAUGGCAACAUUUAUUUUGGGGCCAAGCUCCCCACCAAGCUUGGUUUUGAGCCCAUGAUGGUCCAUGCCAAUUAUCGGUAG